AUGGAGGAUGAGAACUUCAAAUCUGAAUACCCCAUUAUUAGGGUGACCAAAGCUGAAAAAGAGAGAUUAAGGAAACCUUGGCGACGCUCUCUUAUAAUCAGAGUGCUGGGCAGAACGGUGAAUUACACCUUCUUGCAACAAAGACUCCAGCGCAUGUGGAAGCCUGAGGGAAGCUUCGACCUAAUCGCCAUCAGCCACGAGUACUACAUUGCUAGAUUCGAAGCGCUCAAAGACUAUGAGUUUGCCAAGUUCGAAGGUCCAUGGAUGAUUCUUGACCAUUAUCUGGUUGUCCAAGAAUGGAAGCCAAACUUUACCCCCUGGAAGAAUAAAACUGAGAAGCUUCUGGUAUGGGUAAGAUUUCCUAAACUGCCUAUAGAGUAUUUUGAAGAAGAUUUCUUGAAGAAGAUUGGGCUCUCAAUUGGUCGCCCAGUGAAAAUUGAUACUACAACUAGCUUGACGACAAAGGGAAAAUUUGCAAGGGUCUGUGUUGAAUUGGAUAUAACCAAACCCUUGCUGUCUAGGUUUGUUUUGAAUAUGGAAGAAUGGCCAGUUGAGUAUGAGGGGAUCCAUCUUGUGUGCUUUAAGUGCGGAAAAUAUGGUCACCGCCAUGAGAAAUGCGGGCAGGAGGAGGUGAACAAGGACGGACAGGAAUCCCACCAGAGGGAGAACGAUAAUCAGGUGACUGGUCAUUGGGGGUCAGAAAAAUAUGGGUCCUGGAUGCUCGUCUCCCGAAGAGAGAGGGGAAAUCGGAACAGAGUAUCGAAUAACCAAAGAGGCGGCCCUCCGUUGGAUAGAAGACAAGUGCCACAAAGGAACAAUGGCCGAGAUGGACUGGGAACCCAAUCCCGCUUUGCCGCACUCGAUGGACUUGAUGACAAUGGUCUGCCGCAACAUCAAGAACCAAUGCAAUCUAUGGCACUGCAACAGCCGGAACACCCACUACCUAGGAUCCGGAUGCAUGACCAAAAUAUUUAG